AUGGCGGCUCCCUGUGAGACAUUCAACGAUGAUUUGAACUUUUCUAAACUGAAAUUAGGUAUUAAUUUUGAUUUAAAAGAAAAGCAGUUGGAAGCACUGUUAUCUAUAUAUAGCGGUAAUGACACCAUAGCUUUGUUACCCACUGGAUACGGGAAAAGUGUAAUUUUUCAAGUUCUCCCGUGGUUGUUGCAAAGAAAAUUCCAUCAAGAGGAGCCGAUGAUCGUGAUUAUUUCAACACCGUUGAAUUUUAUGAAAGAUCAGGUUCAGUCGCUGUGUAGGAAAGGAGUGCCGGCAUGUUUCAUUGAUGUUUCCUCUUUUAGAGGUGGUACCUACGAUGAAGAUAACUUUGAAGAUGACGAUCAGAGUGAAGAUGACGAUCAGAGUGAAGUGCCUGUAGCAACAACUGUGAAGUUGCAGGACAUAAGAGAUGGGAAGUUUAAUUUAAUCUACGCACAUCCAGAGACAUUACUUGACAACAAAGAAGUUGGGAGAAUACUUAGGAGUGCACGAUUUAAAAAAUCUGUUUGUUGUACUUUUGUCGAUGAAGUGCACAUGAUUUCUGAAUGGGGUGUGGAUUUCAGAAAAUCAUUCAACAAACUUUGAGAACUGACAUGCAUUUAUCCUGAAAUUCCACAUUUAGCUCUGACAGCAACUGCUACAGCUUCUUCUGUUCAGUCACUGUGUACAAUUUUACAGUUUCGGAAUAUCACAAAGAUUGCAGAGAAUCCUGACAGACCAAAUAUUUAUUUGGAGGUAAGGCAGCGAUUACCAAACAUCAGAAAAUAUGAAAAGUAUGAUGAAAUUCUAAAACCUGUGUGUGCUGAAUUGAAAGAAAAGUUGCUUGACUUUCCAGUUACAAUUGUGUACUGUGACAGUUUAGAAUCUGUUGGUUACAGUUACCAGUACAUAGAUUCAGAAUUGGGUGAGCUACAGUAUGUGUCAAUAGAUUCAGAAUUGGAGCAAAUACCUGAAAACAGAAUCUUUGGCCAGUACCACAAAGAUUAUACAGAUAAAAUGAAAAAUCUUAUAAUAUCUGAGCUGCAGAAAGUGAAUCCUAAACUCUGGCUGAUAUUUGCAACAGUUGCUUUAGGUAUGGGUUUGAAUACCCCAUCUGUCUCUAGAAUUAUUCAUUUUUGGCCACCAACCACAUUAGAAAAGUACCUACAAGAAAUCGGAAGAGCUGGAAGAACUGGACAACAAGCAGAAGCAAUAAUGUACUUCAACAACAGUGAUAUUGCAGCUAACCGGAAAGGCCUGGAUCCUGUAGUUAAAAAGUAUGUUAACAAUAGCACUUAUUGCCUUCGUCUGCAUUUAAUGAACUAUUUUGGCUUCAAUGAAGUUGUGUAUAGUGGACCAACUGAAAACUGCUGUGCAAACUGAAGAAAAGCUGGAAAGUCUACAAUUGAAUGCGAUGUUGAUAACAAAGCUAAAUGUCAGUCAUUAACAUCAAGUGAAGAACACAUCUGAA